CUCUGCUCCUUGCCCUACCGCUGGGACCCCUCGCGGCUCGGUAGAUGUGAGCCCUCAGCCUCACACACUGGACGCUAUCUUGACCUCCAAUACGGCUGCUACAGGGCGUCGCCGGUUGGCCGUGAGACGCGGCAUCAACACCUCGAUACCCCUUGCCUAUCAUGGCUGGCUUGCUUGAUUUGCCUACUGAGCUCAUCUGGGACAUCGUCAUCUCAUCCCACUCCUCCGCCCUCUUCGAGGUCAACCAUCAUCUACGCUCCGUUCUCCUCCAUGCUCCAAACACCAUUCGCGCAGCCUACCUACUCCAGAGGUGGCAUUCCACCUACCAGUAUGGCUUCGAAAUCCCUCGUCUGCGCUUGAACGCGGAAAGCCAAGUAGAGAUGGCUCUCUAUCCUGACAAGAAUGCUCCCUACGUCUCGGUCCAAGAGGCCUGCAAGGACAAUAGAGGCAACAUGUCCAUUCUGGCGUUCUGCCUCACUUUCCCAAUCUGCAGUCAUCGAGUGAUGAGCAUACUGAACGACCACCUGGUGGACGAUGAGCGGUACGACAAGAUCAGAGAGCGCAUCAGCAUGGACUCGGAUGAGCCGUCCGACUACUGGCCAAUGCAGCGGGUACUGCCUAAGCGCCUCUUCACUGAUUUAGAGCGGGCGUCUACCAGCCUCCCCCCCUCCGAUUCGCCGGAUGUGGAUGUCCACGCAGUCCUGAAUGUCCUCAGUCGACUGGGUCCUGCUCCUACGCUGCACACCAACGAUCUUCUGGUGAUGCUUCGCGCCCUCCUCUUCCACCACGACGGGCACAAGCUACUCAUCACAGACUCGGAUGACGCCUACUCCCUCACCAAGGCCGUAUUCGCUCAGGACGAGGGCCUCACGCGUCUCCUCGUCGGCUUUGACGGGCAGGCGGCCAAGGCCAAGGAAGGCCUGCCACUCAAGGUUGCAGUACGAGCGAACUGGCUCACAGGGGUCAAGAUCUUGCUCAAUGUCCCGCAGAGUAAGAAGGAGCGACGCAAAUUCCGCGAGGUCUGCGACGAGCUGAGAGAGCUGUUCGAUGAAGCUACUGGUCGGCACGAUGCCGCGGUACGUAAGCUGUUGUUGACCACCCCUGAUGAGGGGAAGAGGAUGCGCGACUACCUCCUCAAUCCGGAUCUGCUUCAUACAGCUAUACGCAGUGAGGCGCACGAUGUGGCCAAGUGGUUGAUGGAGGAGGAGAAGGUCCCGCUUGAUAUCAAGACAAUUCAGUAUCUUGAGAGGGCGGAGGCUCGGGGAGAGAGCAGUGCGAGUGCGCCGAUGGCGACGAGCGGCAGUAGCAGUGGCGGUGGCGGCGGUGGUGGGGGCAGCAAGAGUGCAAGGGGCAAGAGAGAGUCUGAGGCGUUGAGGGGCAAGAAGAGGCGAAGGGAAGGCUGAAUGAGGACUUGGCUCUUGGCGAACUCUACUUUCAGGAAAUCCUGUUACCGGUAGCGACAAACACGUGUAUUCUACUUCUCUAAUAGCUACAGCCCACGGCCCGCGCGUGCGGGCUCUAUCGAUCUACGGAGGUGACAACGAAGCGCGGUGAGGGGAAGAGUGGUGAUAUGAUGGCGGACUCUUCAGGCUGUAGCCGCGGCAGCCACAGCUACGACGCCUCUUGCGAGCACGGCAACAACGAGAGCCGAGCACACGAGGGGAAGGACGGCUGUAUGAGGGGCUGCUGUCAUGGAGGAGAGGGCGAGGAGCUGCUUUGCCCCGAUGCCGGGUAUUGUGGUUGACUUGCCGCCCGAUAUGGGUUGCUGAAUGGCAGGAGGAAUAGUAGCAAGCAACUCGUCCGCC